AUGAGAUUUUUGGAGUUUGGGUUUGUGUUGUUGAUUGUACUAUUGGCUUUUCUGGUUUUUGUGAAAGGUGAGAUUUACAUAGUUACUGUUGAAGGGGAACCUAUUAUAAGUUAUACUGGUGGUAUUGAUGAGUUUGAAGCUACUGCUGUGGAAUCCGAUGAGAAGAUUGAUACUACCAGUGAAUUAGUUACUUCAUAUGGUCGUCAUCUUGAGAAACGACAUGAUAUGCUUCUAGGGAUGUUGUUUGAGCAAGGAACAUAUAAGAAACUCUAUAGUUAUCGGCAUCUUAUAAACGGGUUUGCUGUCCAUAUUUCACCGGAACAGGCAGAAACUCUACGACGUGCUCCUGGAGUGAAAUCAGUUGAUAGGGACUGGAAAGUGAAGAGACUCACAACACAUACGCCGCAAUUUUUAGGGCUUCCAACUGGGGUAUGGCCGACUGGAGGUGGCUUUGAUAGAGCUGGAGAAGAUAUUGUGAUUGGAUUUGUGGACUCGGGGAUUUUUCCUCAUCACCCGAGCUUCGCAACUCAUAAUACUGAACCGUAUGAGCCAGUUCCAAGGUAUAGAGGAAAAUGUGAAGUUGAUCCAGAUACUAAAAGAAGUUUUUGCAAUGGGAAGAUUGUUGGAGCACAACAUUUUGCACAAGCUGCUAUAGCUUCUGGAUCAUUCAACCCUUCAAUUGAUUUUGCUUCUCCUUUAGAUGGGGAUGGACAUGGCAGUCAUACAGCUUCUAUUGCAGCAGGAAAUAAUGGAAUUCCUGUGAGGAUGCAUGGCCAUGAAUUUGGGAAAGCAAGCGGCAUGGCUCCUCGUGCAAGGAUUGCUGUAUACAAGGCACUCUAUAGACUCUUUGGUGGGUUUGUUGCAGAUGUAGUUGCUGCAAUUGAUCAGGCUGUAUAUGAUGGAGUGGAUAUACUCAGUCUUUCAGUUGGACCAAACAGUCCUCCAGCAGCCGCCAAAACUACAUUUUUGAACCCAUUUGAUGCAACACUUCUUGGAGCUGUGAAAGCUGGUGUAUUUGUGGCACAGGCUGCUGGAAAUGGCGGUCCUUUCCCCAAGACAAUGGUUUCAUAUAGUCCAUGGAUAGCAACUGUUGCAGCUGCAAUUGAUGAUCGUAGAUACAAAAACCAUUUAACGCUUGGAAAUGGAAAUAUCUUAGCUGGAGUCGGGUUAUCUCCUUCUACACAUUUAAACCAAACAUACACAUUGGUUGCUGCAAACGAUGUGCUGCUAGAUUCUUCAGUUAUGAAGUACAGCCCCACAGAUUGCCAGAGACCGGAAGUUUUUAACAAGAAAUUGAUAGAGGGAAAUAUUCUUCUCUGUGGAUAUUCUUUCAACUUUGUUGUUGGUACUUCGUCGAUCAAGAAAGUAUCAGAAACAGCGAAGUCACUUGGUGCUGCUGGAUUUGUUCUCUGUGUUGAAAAUGUUUCCCCUGGAGCUAAAUUUGAUCCUGUCCCUGUUGGCCUUCCCGGGAUUCUUAUCUCAGAUAUCAGCAAUUCAAAGAAACUUAUAGACUAUUAUAAUAUCUCGACACCAAGAGACUGGACCGGACGAGUGAAGAGCUUCAAAGGAUUAGGUAAAAUCGGUGACGGUUUGAUGCCUAUUCUACAUAAAUCUGCACCGCAGGUGGCAUUAUUCUCUGCUAGAGGGCCAAAUAUAAAGGACUUCAGCUUCAACGAGGCAGAUCUUCUCAAACCAGAUAUAUUAGCUCCCGGUUCAUUGAUUUGGGCUGCUUGGAGUCCAAAUGGAACUGAUGAGGCAAAUUAUGUUGGUGAAGGAUUUGCGAUGAUAUCUGGAACUAGCAUGUCUGCACCACAUAUAGCUGGAAUUGCUGCUCUCAUAAAGCAGAAGCAUCCACAUUGGAGCCCUGCUGCAAUUAAAUCAGCCUUGAUGACAACAUCAACAACUCUAGACAGAGCAGGGAAUCCUCUUCUAGCACAACAAACUUCCGAAACAGAAGCUAUUAAAUUUGUCAAAGCUACACCUUUUGAUUAUGGGAGUGGACAUGUUGAUCCAACAGCUGCGUUGGAUCCUGGCCUUAUCUUUGACGCAGGAUACGAGGAUUAUCUAGGCUUCUUAUGCACAACACCCGGUAUCGAUGUCCACGAGAUAAGGAACUACACCCAUGUUCCAUGCAACAGUACUAUGGGCAAGCCAUCCAAUUUAAACACUCCAUCAAUCACAAUUUCCCAUCUCGUCGGAACUCAAGAUGUCCACCGCACUGUAACCAAUGUCGCUGAGGAAGAAACCUAUGUGAUCACAGCUAGAAUGGAACCAGCAGUUGCCAUUGAAGUAAACCCUCCUGCAAUGACUGUCAACGCAGGCGCGUCACGUCAGUUUACAGUGACACUGACGUCUCGCUCUGUGACAGGAAGUUAUAGUUUUGGAGAGGUUUUACUGAAAGGAAGCAGAGGGCAUAAAGUGAGGAUCCCUGUGGUGGCUAAAGGGUUCCAACGAUAG